AUGCGGGGAGAUGACGGUGACCCUAGAGGAUUGGUCGAUGAUUACUGGUCAAGCACUCACGGGCGAGUGGAGAGGACCAACUGGCAGCGGAGGGUUACCACCCUCAUCGGUGACUGCCCCGGUGCUAAGGGUAACUGUACAUCCGGUGUCUCGUUGCCCUGGCUCUCAGAGCACUGGAAGACAUGCCCCGAAGACGCCGAUGAGGCGACUGUGGAGUGGUACGCGAGGGCGUACCUGUGGUAUCUUCUCACGGAGGUCGUGUUUCCAGACAGCUCCGGGAACUCUGCCAACUGGUCAUAUAUGUUCUUCCUAGCUGACUGGGAUGCAGGCUUGACGACGCAACCCAGAGGACGGGAGACAAGUCCAAUAUGGGUGGCUUUGUCUGGCCCCUCUCCAUUUGGAUGUGGGAGCGGCUUCCGGUGGGGCGUCCGGAGAAGCUGCAAAGACACCCAUGGGGUGCCUAUAGCAAAGACGGCGACGAGACUCGACACCCCCACUGUAGCUUACGAGUGGGACGUUGUCAAACUCUACACGGGCCUAAACAAGGCUUCGUACAAGACCUACACCAACGAGAUGGACGCUUUGACGCAUACGCAGUGGUCUUUGCGGUGCAUCGUGCCCAUGAUCUGUGUGUACACCGUCGAGUGGCACUUGCCACACCGUGUGGCCGCGCAGUUUGGGAUGUAUCAGCAUACCCCACCGGGCCCGCCGACCGAUACCGGCGACCACGCGCUCCACAUCUGA